GGAUUUCCGGUUCAGUUUGGGUGUGGUCGCUGCCAUACAUUGACGACCUCCCGAUCCUGAGGUUAGGGUUUCGAAAUCGACCAUCCUUCUCCACAUCGCGCUGCCAUUUGCUCUCUCUCUCUCUCUCUCUCUCUCUGUGUGUGCUGGUCGUCUCUGCGGAUCUUCACUCCCCAAGUUGCGAGGGUUUCGUCGCCUAUUUGGCCGUCAUGCUCCUCCUUCUCUAGUGCCCGAGUUUCUGGGGUUCUGGAGAUGGAAAGAUCCAGUAGCAAAGAUUUCAGAGACUUCUGUGAGAGCUCCUCAGAUAAUGCACUCUUUGAUGCAUCACAAUAUGAAUUUUUUGGUCAAAACGUUGCGGAAGGUGUGGAACUGGGUGGUUUAGAGGAUGGUGAAGAGGACUUUCCAACUUUUGGUGCUGCAGAUGAUGAAUACCAUUUGUUUGAGAGAGAGGAGAGUGGAGGUCUUGGAUCUCUGUCUGAUGUGGAUGAUCUUGCUACCACGUUUGCAAAGUUGAACCGAGCUGUUACAGGGCCGAGGAACCCUGGAGUUAUUGGCGAUCGGUCAGGAUCUUUCUCCAGGGAAAGCUCAUCUGCCACUGAUUGGGCUCCUGAUGGGGAUUUCACCAGCUGGUUGGAUCCAUAUUCUUUUAAUGCAGAACACCCUCAAGAACUUAAGAGAUGGUCGUCCCAGCCACUUGCAGAAAUGAAACCUUUGUAUCGGACAUCCUCAUACCCCCAGCAGCAGCCGCAUUUGCAUCAUGUCUCCAGUGAACCAAUUCAUGUGCCCAAGUCAGCAUAUACAUCAUUCCCUCCUCCUGGUAGCAGAUCUCAACAAGCAUCGCCUCGUAACCAAAGUAAUAUCCCGUCCUUUGUUAGUGGCGGAUCUCAUUCGCAGCUCCCUUUCUCUGCGACAAUGUUCUCCCCUUUGUCUAACUCUAAUCUUCAGCAACUUACUGGUUUGCCCCAUGGUCUUGACUAUGGUGGGAAUAAUGUCCUGCAAUUCAGCUCUUCUUCUGGCCUGCCUUUUAACAAUAGGCCACAAAAUCACUGGGUCAACCAAGCCGGUGUACUGCACAGUGGUCAGUCUAGUCUCCUGAGUAACAUGUUGCUUCAACAACAGCUGUCUCAUCAAAACAGCUUAAUGUCUCCACAAGUGAUGUCGAGUCAGCACCAGAGACUUCAUCAUUCUCUAAAGUCUUUGGCCCGUUAUGCUGCCUUGCAACCCCCGCUAUAUAGCUCACUCUCUUUACCUUCAUAUAAGACGGUGAAUGAUACCAGAGAUCAUAAACCUAAAUCAUCCCGAAGGCAAAAUGCUCGGUUCUCCCAGGGCUCUGAUGCUAGUAGCCAGAAAAGUGAGAGUGGGCCUUGUAUACAGUUCAGGUCCAAGUACAUGACUGCUGAAGAGAUUGAGAGUAUUCUCAAGAUGCAGCUUGCUGCCACACACAGCAACGAUCCCUAUGUGGAUGAUUAUUACCAUCAGGCACGGCUUGCUAAGAAGUCUACAUCUUCUGGAUCGAGGUUGAAGCACCGAUUUUCCCCGUCUCAUCUGAGGGAGCUCCCUUCUCGAUCUCGCGGCAACAGCUUGGAUCAGCAUUCUCUUCUAUCCACUGACGCACUUGGGAGAGUCCCGCUUUCUUCCAUUCGGAGACCACGGCCACUACUUGAGAUAGAGCCCCCUCCAACUGGCCCUGCUGAAGGAAGCUCUGAGCAGAAAGUCUCUGAGAGACCACUGGAGCAGGAACCAAUGCUUGCCGCUAGAAUCACAAUAGAAGACAGCCUCUGCGUUCUGCUUGACGUGGACGAUAUAGACCGCUUCCUGCAGAGCACGCAGCCUCAGGAUGGUGGUGCUCAGCUGAGGCGGAGGCGGCAAAUUCUGCUGGAGGGAUUAGCAGCAUCGCUUCAGUUAGUGGAUCCGCUAGGGAAAAGUAGCCAUGCAGCCCCGUUGGGUCCCAAGGACGACAUUGUUUUCUUGCGUCUAGCAGCUCUUCCCAAGGGCAGGAAGCUCUUGUCGAGAUACUUACAGCUUCUCUUCCCGGGAAGUGAACUUGCCCGAAUCAUUUGCAUGACGGUUUUCCGACACCUGAGGUUCCUCUUUGGUGGCCUCCCUCCUGAUGUGUCUGCAGCUGAAACCACAGUGAAUCUCGCCAAGCGAGUCUCAGAAUGUGUUAAUGGCAUGGACCUUAGGGCGUUGAGUGCGUGUCUCGUUGCUGUUGUGUGUUCCACUGAGCAGCCACCACUUCGUCCACUUGGAAGCCCAGCAGGAGAUGGGGCUUCACUUAUCCUAAAAUCAGUGCUUGAUCGUGCAACGGAGCUUUUAACUGAUCCUCACACUCCUGCUCACUGCAGAAUGCCCAACAGGGCCCUCUGGCAGGCUUCCUUCAAUGAGUUCUUUGCUCUUCUUACCAAGUACUGCCUCACGAAGUACGACACCAUAGUCCAAUCAAUCUUCUCCACCCAGAACCAGCACAGUUCGGAAGAUAUGGGUGCGGAGGCAGCAAGAGCUGUGAGCCGGGAGAUGCCUGUGGAGCUCCUGCGGGCAAGUCUUCCUCACACUGAUGAGAACCAGCGGAAACACUUAAUGGAUUUUGCGCAGCGCUCGAUGCCAAUUGCUGUCUUGGGAACCCGCACGGGAGCAAGUGGACAAGUGAGUCCAGAGUCAACGGUAAGGGGGUAAAUUUGCAGGUGAAAACCCUAGGGAAAAGCCGCAGUUAUGUUGCAGUCAGGAAGAAGGUGUUGUAAUUCCGAGCAUGCAUUGCCAGGGUGAUAUGACGAAACCUGGAGUUUGUAGCACAGCAAAGGAGGUGGGGGUUCCACUCGGGAAGUGGAUGCAAAUCCAGUCAACUAUAGUUAAUUGCGGAUGAGUUGCACCUUCAUUUACUUAAUAUGUUGUUUCUGAUAUUUUUUUUUUUUUGGGAGAACUGUCUUUGGGUAGUGCUUGUAGAUAAAUGGUGUAUCAUUUAGAGCAGGGGAGGAGUUUGUGGUUGUGUUCGAUCAUCAUCUUGAGGGAGCACUCUUUUGCUGCUGCUGCUCUGUGGUUGAAUCAAGAUCUGAAAAUGGGGAAGGGAAGGGAAUGGAGAUGACACUUAGGGCGAAAUGUACAUUACAGCUUAUUGGAUGUCUAUUAUGAUACCGACAAGAGGAUUGAUUGCUGUUUUAGGUCAUGGGAGGAUGGAUGGAGGAUUGGAUGUUGGAUGGAUGGAUGGAUCAGAAAAUGGAGGAGAUGGGGAGCUGCCUAGUCAUCUUAUAAGCUUUCUAUUUGUAUAAUGUAAUAAUUCUGUAUGCAGAAACUGUAAAGAGGAGCUUUUAACACCUCCCUCUCUCCCCCUCUCCUCCGGCUCUCACUACCUCUGUUGUGUGCAUUUUGAUUUCUGCAGCGUUCUUCUC